UUUGGACGCUCACGCGCUUUGAGCGUCAGUGUCAAUUUUUAUUUAAAGAGCAAAAAAGGGACGAACUGACGUUUAAAUCGCAUAAGCUUCUAAAGCGAACGCACUUUUGAACUAGAGUUCUAUAUUUAUUGUAUUAUAUACACAACUAAUUAUAAACCUAAUGCCUUCUUGUUCUGCACCAAAUUGCAACAAUACGUCAGAGAAGGGCUACAGUAUGAGGGUCUUCCCUCGUGAUCCAGAGCGAAGAGCAAAAUGGGCAGCCAAUGUUGGACGAGAAAAUUGGAUCCCGUCGAAUAAUUCGUAUCUUUGCGAGCUUCAUUUUGAACCAUCAAUGUGGGAAAAAACAAGAGUUGAUGGUAGUCGGAAACUAAAACAUGAUGCAGUGCCAACAGUUUUUGGUUUGAAUCUAAGAAAAGAAAAUGAAGAAAAGAGAAGAAGAAGAAAAUCUAAAAAUAAUAUACACCAAUGUCACAAUAGCCAUGUACCAAGUUAUCAAUUACAAUCUAAAGUAAUUGAGAAAUCAAAACCUAAUAUAAGCAAUACUGAUAAUAUUAGUAUGAUCAAAGAAAAAGAUCCUAAUCACUUGUCAGAUAUAAAAUCAAUAACAGGGACGCAAAACUCAUCAUCAACAAGUUGUAGUCAACAAGAAUCGGUAAAAACGGACAAUCAAGUAUCAGUGUUACCACAAAAGUGCAAAAGCACUUGUUUAUGCAAUAAACUAGCAAAAAAAAUUAUAGUGUUAAGACAAAAAUUAAAACACAUGAGAGAAAGUUUUAGAAAAUUAAAAAGAGAAAAUAACAGAAUAAAAAAAGAAAAGAGCAAAAAUCUAUAUAUGUCUCAUCUGAAACAAAUCUUUACAAAUGAUCAAAUUUGUGCUUUAAUAUCGUCAAAACCACGACAGUGGUCUGACGAUACAAUUGUGAAAGCGUUACAACUGAAAUCUGCUUGUGGUGAACGCGGUUAUGAAGAAUUAAUAAAACAAAACAUGCCUUUGCCAAGUAUACGAACGCUUCAGAAAAGAUGUCAACUUUCAAGUGAAUUGUUGAACGAAUUUCUGAAAAGUAGUUCAUUAUCGGAAUUUUUAGACAAAAGUAAGAAUGAAUAAUAUGAAAAAAUAUAAAUAUGAAUUGCAAAAAAAUAGACGACGCAGUAUCUUUUUUAUUGCUUGUAAGAUUGCGUGUAAGAGACCAAAGACGACAUUUUAAUAGUGCGACAAUAUACGAUAAAUAAAUAAAACUUAUUUUUUUGAACUA